AUUCACCACAGGGAAGGGCGGAAGGUCUGAAAAUUCAUGCGCAUUCGACAUCCUCUCUUUGAACAGGUGACUUGCUAGCAGAACACAGGGAAUGAAACUGCUGUGCUUGCUUGUGCUUCUGUGUCUGGAGGCCCCGGGAGACAGCUUGUCUUUCGAUGGGCAUUAUUACGCGGCAGCCACUAAGUGUCUCCGGCUGUUGUGUAAAACGUCAGCAGAUGACUCGGAAUGCAAAACGUGUUUGCGGGAGAUCGAUGUGUCUCAGCAACCUAUCGAAGCUCUGAGUCGUUGUCUAGAGGAAAUCACAGGCUGUGACAAGGAGGAUACUGAAACCCUGGAUAAAUUGCGGACCUGCAUGGCUUCGGCAAGUUCAGAGUUGGGUACCUGUUUCAACGGAAGGCAUGACGAAACUCGCCAAUUUCCCCUCCUUCCGCUUCAGUGAAACCGUGACGCAUCCGAAAAUAAAUUACAGUGUAAACCCAUUUGUUUUCCUUCGUGAUUUCCUCUCCCUUUAAAUGAAAUUGUUGCCGUGG